AAUUAUGGCGCUCUCUCUCUCUCUCUCCUCUCCAUAGCUGGAAGGAUUCAACAAGCUAGAGCAUUCAGAAUCUGGGUUUGUAAAAGGACGUUGUGAUCAGAAUCAGUUCAUGUUCAUCUUCAUUUGUAGGGAUCUAAUUUGGAGCUUAAUUAGUGGUCACGAUUGAUGAUCUUAUGGAACGAUGUACACAGAAUUAUGUCGUGAUAUUGAAGCUUGCUAUGCUUUAUGCAUGAAGUCUGAAGCCAUGGAUAGGAGAAAGAAGGGAUUGAAAGGGCUUGCCAGUGAGAUGGAAACGGAAGAAGGACGAAGGAGGAAGUUUUCAGGUGAAGAACUAAAGCUUCUUUUAAUUUCUUGCUUAUAUUUCCUUGUUCACGAGAUGUGCUUUAGCUUAUGUGCAGAAGACAGGACUUUAGUUUUAUCUAGCUAGCUUGAAGGGAUCUAUUUUCUCUUUACUUGCUGUUGCUGUUUUUGUUUCCUGUUCUGUGUUUUCCAGAGAGCACAGAAACUUCAAAAGCGUUGAAGGAAUAUAUUGUGAUGCUAAUUAUAAUUCAAAAGUUUAGUUAAUUGCUCUUUCAAAAUAAAAUCUUAACAAUGCUAUUUUCAAAACUUUUAGGAAAAUAAUGCACGAAUAAAAAAAAUCAAAGUAUCAAUUACACAUAUUUAAAUCCUUUGAAGUUGGGAUUGAUAAAUUUAAGUUAAGUUUUUUUUAGUAUUUUCACUCAUUUUUUAUUUUUUAUAAAAUAUAAAAUUUUCUCUCUCUUUCUUGAAAAGGGAAACUUCACGAAAAUUUGCUAAUCUUAAUUUCAAAAGAUUUAAAUCUCAAUUAUAUGCCUAGCAAAAACUUCACGGGUAGGUUCAAUUUCCUUUUAACCUCAUGUUGAGUAGGUAUGUAUGAAACUAGGUUCCUUCAAUUUUUCAGUUUUAAAGAGAUGGAGUACACUUAUACAUACAUUAUAUUGAGAAAAAGUGAUGCAUUUCAUAUUUAGUAGUUUAAUUUCGUUUACUCUGUAUUGAGUGAUGUUGUCGUUUAUUCAGGUUUAUGUUCUAUAAAUACUGAUGUACAAAUAUUUAUUGGUUUAACGCAAAUACGUAUUGUUCAGUCUAUUCUAGUAGUAUUGCAUUCAGGUCAUGUUAUAUGGAUUUGUAAAUCCAUUAGUUUCAACGAUUACCAAGCCAGUGUCUCGCACACAUGAUAAUAAUCACUAUUGUGUACGCUGGCUUGUGCUUCUUAUCCAUAGUAUCAAAAUUUGAAUUAACUCGUUUGGUUGAAAUAGCUAGUAAACUACUAUUAAAUUACUAUAUUAACCAAUUUAAUAAAAUAUUUUGUUUGUGACUGAACUAACCAUAGUUAUAUAUGAUUUUGAUUAUUAACUCUUAAAACAGUAUCUUGAUCAGUUCAAUGACAAGUACAAUUUUUAUUACAUUGCUUUUAUACACACACAUUCUUCAUCUUCUUCUUGCUGUUUUUUUUUUUUUGUCCAGAUAAAAGAUUUCCCUUUUGUAUUUCUAGUUUAAAAAAAUUCAUGAAAGUAUAUGAAUUGAAAAGAAAUUAGAAAUUAGUAAUCACUAAGAAAAUUCCAAAUGUAUAUCUAACCUAACCUGCAUCCUACGUGGCCAACCAUGAACAUUUGGCAGCCAUAGAGAGAAAAAGAAAAAGUUUCUCCUUUACUUUUUUUUUUUUUUAAAGCACCUGCACGUACGUGAUGAGACCCAGCAAAACCUUACCUCCUUUGCUUGAGUGCGCAGCAGCAGAGAAUUAAUCCAGCUAGCUAUGAGUGAAUGUGUAUCUGGAACAUCUCAAAAAUAACAUUAAGAUUACUCAGGUUUUGAGCUACGACGUCGUAUUAUAAUUUACUUUCCCGUUGCCUGAAUUUUACCUGUAUAAAAGUUUCUGAGGCUCCUUGUUCAAUCACUUCACGUGUACACUUCCUCUUAAUCAAUCUUCUUUGUUCGACCCACAAUGGCAUCAUCGUUUGCGUCUCUUGCCCUUUCCGGCCGCCUUGAGAUCAAACGUGCCUAGGCGAGAUUGCCGGCGAUCAUGAAUUUCCGCAGCAAUCACAUCUCCACCCAACCGUACAAGGGCAAAAGGAUAACAUUCAUGCUUAACAUAACUGCUGCAACAGCUGUUGUAAUCGAAACCUUCACCAUGCUUGGCGCCAGUGUACGCGUCUGUUCAUCAACCACGCUCUCUAUAAGGGACAAUAUUGCUGCUGCGAUCGCCUACUACGGCAUUCCCAUCUUCGUUAAACAAGACCAGACGCUUGAAGAACGCAUAAGCUUUAUGAAGCAAGCGCUAGAUUGGGGCUCUUAUUCUCCUGAUGCAAUCAUCUGCAACAGGGCUCUCGAUUUUGAUGAGUAUGAGACAACAGGUUCUGAUAACAGGCUCUGCAAAAUUGCUGAAAAUUUUACUCUUAAGAACGAGAACAAGAAGAUAGUAGCUGAUUUUGAGUCGCUAUACUCAAUCGCAAUGGAACCCAUGCGGGGGCUUGGAUUAAGGGAUCUCGAUGACCCUGAUCAGAUCCCUCUGUUGCCAAGCUAUCGCUACUUUCUGCCUGAGAUUUUGAAGAGAGCAACCAACGGCAACAUUGUGGGAAAGAAAGUUGCCGUUUUGGGUUAUGGUGAUGCCGGAAAGGAAUGUGCUGUUACUUUGAUGAACGCCGGAGCUUGUGUGGCGGUGUUCCACGGUGGUAAGAUCCAUUAUUGUGGUAUGGGGCCACCGGUUCAAAUGAUCCACAAUGAGGAUGCUUUCUCCGAUUUUGACAUAAUUGUUUCCUCCGGUGCCGGCCACGGCGAGGAUACUGUCAUCCAGGUUGACCAUAUGAAGUGUAUGAAGAACGGUACUAUCGUGUGGAGCAUUGGUGAUGGCUCCGUCGGCAAUGGAAUCGACAUGCAAGGACUUCGUGAUUUUCCUGGCGUGAAGUGCUUCGCCGAGGAGCCAGAAAUGGAAAAGUGGGUGUUCGAUCAUGGAACGAGCAUCGUCGUAUUAAACCAUGGACGACCCUUGAAGUUGGGUUGUGUCUCAAAACGUAUCGAGACAAUGAACUACUACAUCUCAAAGAUAAGGGGUCUCGAUAAAUGCACGUGGCUGAUCAUUUUCUUCGUCAUAUUCUGCGGCAUCGCAGUUGAGAGAAUGGAUUUCAUGUCCUAGUUUCGUGCUCCUUUUCUUUUCUUUUCUUUUUUCUUUUUUAAGUUCUGUGUGUUAAUGGUGAGUCUGUUGAUUUUUGGAGCUAUAUUGAUGUACACAAGUGAAGGAAAAAAAUACAAGAGGAGAGAUUGUUAUUCUUCCGGGCCGAUCUCGAAAAUCAAUGUAAAAACCUCUAUUUGCCUUAGUACCUCCUUUGUUAUUUUGAUAGAAAUAAAAUGUUUUUACUUAUUUAAUCUCUUUAUUUA